AUGGUGGUUCUGUGGUUCUCGGUGGCAGCCUUAUCUGUGGCAGGGGGCAUGCAAGUCACGGACUUCAAUCUCCCCCCUGAAGAUCUGGACUCAUCAGGUGAUGACGACGACGCUUUCUCUGGUUCUGGGGCAGGUUCUCUGUUAUCUGUGGCUUCCUGGGAUGUACCACUGCAAGAAAGCAUAAAUGUAUCAUUGAGUCCUUCAGUAGCUACUGGUGUGGACUAUCAUGAACCUGAAGCCCAAGGAACAGAGAGACCUUCAGAAGACUAUCAAAGAAUACCUGUAUCCCCAACAAAUGUACAUGUAUUCCUUGAGAAUGAUCAUAAGCCAGUGGUGAGAGUAGAAGAGGAAGUGAACGUAUUUACUGAGCAACCUACAACAACCUCGGCAGUCGUAACAGCAAGAGUCCCAGUGACUCAUCAUACUUCCACACUGAGAACCACUACUGCACAUGCUUCUAGUACUGUUGGUAUUCUUCAGCCUGAAGUCUACCAUAAUCUCCACCAUGAUAUAAGUAACAGUGAUAAAGAAGCACCUGCUGAUGAUAUUGUGCCUACAAUUACCAGUCUGGAUGCUACCAGUUCAACUACAACAUCCUUGGUUCUCAUCAAGGAUACUUACUCUCACCCUGAAGAAGAGGUUUUGUCACCUGAAGAUGGAUCUGGAGAUCAGGGGGAUUUCAUAUUUGGUGUACCGGAUGAAAAAACAGAAUUUGAAACGGGAAACAGGGCAGUGGAAGACCCUGGAACAGAAAGCCGAGCACCAGAUACAAAAUCUGCAGGGGCCUCCCAAGGACUUAUGGACAGAAAAGAUGUUCUAGCAGGGGUCAUAGCUGGUGGACUGGUAGGCCUGCUGUUUGCUGGUUUCCUAGUGGGGUUCAUGUUGUACCGAAUGAAGAAAAAAGAUGAAGGAAGCUAUUCACUGGAUGAGCCGAAACAAUCAAAUGGGGGCUAUCAAAAACCACACAAACAAGAAGAAUUUUAUGCAUGAAUGAACUGAAUUUAGGGACACUUUGUUUGUUGCUUGGAUUUCUCUUCUGUCUCUGGACAUCACGAGUUCUCGCAUUUUAAAGGGGGAAAAGAAACUAAAAGCCAUAAGACUGAGUGAAAACCUCUGCCUCCUUGCCACUGGGAAUGACUAUAUUUUUCCAAAGUCAAUCUGGAUGAAUAAAACCCUAAACUGCUUUCUUGCACAGAGGAUCACCUGUAAAAUUGGACAGGGGUGGGGGACGACCUUUAUCUUAUCUAAGGACUCCUGGGGGGAGAUCUCGAACAGAUUGUAUAUAGCCUUGAUGUCUUAGAAAAUGCUAAGAAAUUAGUAACGUAUUAACUUGUGUAUAUUAAAGACCUCCACCCUCCAACCUUUAUUGGCCACAAGUGAAUAUUCUUUUAUUCAUUAAAAAGGCUGCUAUGUGGCUUUGAAAGGGAAACAAAAAACUGUGGAAUGGUUAUAUUACUAAGUCACUUACCUUGCAGCUCAACAUGAGAA